AUGGGCAGCAUCUCUUUCUUUGCUUCGCUUUUGGUAUCAGCUUUCCUUCUUCAUGGGGUGGAUGCUGGUUAUGUCGGUUAUCCGGCAAUCAGGUCCAGUAGGAAAGCAUUGCAAGCACCAUCUCCGGCUGGAUCAAGUGGUAAGAUUAGCCCCCGAGUUCUAAAAUUCUACCCCGUAGUUCAAGAGUUCAAAAAAAGAGUCGCCUAUGACCCACAAGGAAUUUUGAAAACAUGGAAUCCCAAUGACAAAAACGUAUGCAAUUACAAGGGCUUCUACUGCGACGUUUUUCCGGCCGACAAACAAUUAACAGUUUCUGGGGUUGACUUCAACGGCUUCCAGUUUGCUGGUAAGAAAGGGCAGGGCCUCACUCUGUAUGGGUUCAUUGAGAAGUUAACAGACAUAACCGUUUUCCACGCCAACUCCAACAACUUCACCGGUGGCAUCCCCAAAGAGAUCUCCACCAUUCCAUACUUCUUCGAGCUAGACCUUAGCAACAACAAGUUAGAUGGCAAGUUCCCAUUGGAAGUUCUUGGCGCCAAACAACUCACCUUCUUGGACCUCCGCUAUAACUCUUUGUACGGCAUGGUUCCACCCCAACUGUUCUUGCUAGAAGUGAACGUAAUCUUCAUCAACGACAACUAUUUCGAGCAAAACCUUCCUGAUAAUCUUGGCUCCACGCCAGCCAAUUAUCUCACUUUUGCCAACAACAAGUUCACCGGGCCAAUCCCUCCAAGUAUUGGCCAAGCUAGCAAAACCCUCACUGAGGUGCUCUUCCUCAACAACAAGCUCACAGGAUGCUUGCCGUUUGAGAUUGGCCACCUCGAAAACGCCACCGCUUUUGAUGUGAGCAUCAAUUCCUUGACGGGUCCAAUCCCCCAAUCAUUUCAGUGCCUGUUUAGUAUAGAGGUGCUUAGUCUGGCUCAGAACCAGUUCUAUGGGUCGGUCCCGGAGGCUGUCUGCAAGCUGCCUAACCUCGGUCUCCUCGAUAUAUCAGAGAACUACUUCAGCAAGAUUGGCCCUGAAUGCCGGAAGUUGAUCAAGAAAAAGGUUCUUGAUCCAAAAAAGAAUUGCAUUCAAGGACUUCCAAAUCAGAGAUCCAAAGCUGAAUGUGAUGCGUUUUUGUCUAAGCCCAAGUCUUGCCCCAACCAGAAGUCCCUGACUUUCAUUCCUUGUAAAGGAGCUCAUCCACCUACCAAAAGUACUUCCCCUUCAACACUACUAACCUAUGGCGCUCUUAAACCGCAUUCAUAG